GCCGCCGCUGCGCGCUGUGUGCUGGAAUGCGCGGCGCCUCCCGCCCGCAGCGCCGCCUCCCCGCUCCGCGUCCCGCAGCAGCCCCGCGGCCGGCCGGCCUCGAGCCGCCGAACCGCUGCUAUGGCGACUCAAGUGCUGGGACAGUCCGGUGGGAACGGGCUCUUUCCCGGCGGCGCUAACAUCGGCAUGGCGUUGUCCAACGACAUGUAUGACUUGCACGACCUUUCCAAAGCCGAGCUGGCGGCUCCGCAGCUGAUCAUGUUGGCCAACGUGGCCCUGACGGGAGAGGUGAAUGGCAACUGCUGCGAUUAUCUGGUGGGAGAGGAGAGGCAGAUGGCCGAGCUGACCACGGUGGGUGACGGCAACUUCUCAGACAGCGACGCGGAGGGCGUGGAGGAUAGCCGUGCUGCAGAGAGCGACCGUGGCGCCUCGGAAAAUGUGGAAUUGAGCUCUCUGGAAGCACCCGAUGUGGAAACCCAAGGCCCGGACGCUUGUCCUCCACCAGAGACUCCCAGCACGGACAAAGAUGUCCCAUUGGAAGCUCCAGGCACUCCAGAAAGCUCUGAGGACAAGUGUAAGAGCCUCAAGAACAAACCAUUCCGUUGCAAGCCUUGCCAUUACGAGGCCGAGUCUGAAGAGGAAUUUGUGCACCACAUCAGAGUUCACAGUGCUAAGAAGUUUUUCGUGGAAGAAAAUGCAGAGAAACAAGUGCAGAUCAAGGAGUCUGAUUCCUACAGCGCGGAAGAGGUGGACUUCUCCAAGGGUCCGAUCCGCUGCGAUCGCUGCGGCUACAACACUAACAGAUAUGAUCACUACCUGGCUCACCUGAAGCACCACAACAAAGCGGGAGAAAACGAGAGAGUGUACAAGUGUACCAUAUGCACUUACACCACCGUCAGUGAGUAUCACUGGAAGAAACACCUGAGAAACCAUUUUCCCAGGAAAGUAUACACCUGCUCGCAGUGCUCCUAUUUUUCAGACAGGAAAAACAACUAUAUUCAGCAUAUUAGAACUCAUACGGGAGAGCGACCGUAUCAGUGUGCUAUGUGUCCCUAUUCCAGCUCUCAGAAGACACAUUUAACCAGGCACAUGCGCACCCACUCAGGUGAGAAGCCAUUCAAAUGUGAUCAGUGCAGUUACGUGGCCUCAAACCAGCAUGAAGUAACUCGUCAUGCAAGGCAAGUUCACAAUGGGCCGAAGCCUCUGACUUGCCCGCACUGUGACUACAAAACAGCGGAUCGCAGCAAUUUCAAAAAGCACGUUGAGCUUCACGUCAAUCCGCGCCAGUUUCUUUGUCCUGUUUGUGACUACGCGGCAUCUAAGAAGUGUAACCUGCAGUAUCACAUCAAAUCCAGGCAUCCCGAUUGUUCAGACAUCACCAUGGAUGUUUCAAAGGUGAAGCUACGGACUAAAAAGAGCGAAGCUGACUUUUCUGAGAGCAUCGGUGACAAAGUGGAGAAGGAGCAAACAAAAGGGGAUUCGCCCACAAAGAAAACUGAGAAAACUGUGAAAGUGGAGAAAAAAGAGAACUUAGCAAAGGAAAAGAAGCCAACGAACAAUGCUCCUGCACGCCAAGUGACGACCAGAAGUCGGAAAUCGACUUCAGAAAACAAGGAGAUAGAUAUUAAAACUGAGAAAAAUACUGAGAAACCGUGUAAAACAAAGAAGGUGAAAAGAAAGGCAGAGGCAGAAAUAACUUUCUCAAAGCAAGAGCCUGCGAAUGAUACUAUCGUAAUGACAAAAAAGAAAAAGAAAGUGGAAACUAAGCCCAGAGACUGCCAGGAAGCUCAGAAAAGUGAUGAUGUACCAGAGGCGGAACCUAAAAAGCAAAAUUCUUGCCUUAAGAAAAGCAGAAAAAAGAAAGCUCUGAAAAGUAAGCACAGUAAGAAAAGCAAUAGACUUGAUGAGGAGAAGAUGGAAGAAGAGGAGGUGGCGGACAAGUCUCAACUUCCAGAAGAAGACAGAUGUGUGAAACUCGACAGUCCGAGCAGCGACCAGGAGAAGGAGGAAGAUCCUGCUGAUCCAGCACCAUUAGACAGUAAUGUUGGUCAUACUUGCAAGGGAGAGAACAUCAUUGCCAAAGAAAGCUGCGUACAAGAGCCGAGACAGCUUUGUCUGUCAGCUCAGAUUGCGGACACAGAGGCUGAGGAGAAGGAUCAAGAAAUGCCUGCUGCAGCAGUGGAGAGCAAAGACACUAUCUGUGAAAAAGAGGAGAGAAAGAUGGACACGGGGGAAGACUCUGAAGAAUCUUCUCAUGCAGUGUCUUCUGAACAAAGUCUGGACGGACCCGCGGAUGUAUUACCAGAUCUGGAGCCCAGGAAGGAGCCAGAGGAAACCUGCUUGGCAGAAACUGUGAGUAACCCAGACCCGAUAGACCUGACUAAGACACGCAUCCUAGAGACAGAGCCACCAGCAGAUGCUGUGGGAGCGCCUGUGCCCCCAGAAGGGCAUAUGCAGAGCCCUGAAGUAGCUCUGGCCUUAUCACCUCUGGAUAACGCGGCAGUGAACGAAUCUCAGGAAAUGGAUGAGGAUGAGGGCAUCCACAGCCAUGAGGGCAGCGACAUAAGCGACAACAUAUCAGAAGGCAGCGAUGAUUCGGGGUUAAACGGUGCUCGCUCUGUACAAGAGGAGACCAGUCCAAAGACCUCACAAGGAGCUGCCAGUAGCACAGCAGUCAGGGAGAACUAUGUAUGCAUUUUUUGUGACCGCUCGUUUAAAAAGGAAGGUGAAUACAGCAAGCACCUCAAUCGCCACUUGGUCAAUGUGUAUUAUCUGGAGAAGGCGACAAAAGGGCAGGAGUAGAAACAGCUGCGGUCUGGGAGCACGUGUAUCUUUUAUAAGAUCUUAUACAGCUUAUGUACAGAUAUUGUAGAUUCUUUUUUUUAAGCAUGGUUUUCUUUAGUGUCUGCAUUGGGAUUUUUUUUUUUUUUUUUUUUUUUUUUUUUUUUUAAGCUGAAAAUAUUUUGGACAAGUUUUCGUGUAAUGACCUCUUUAAAUAUUGGAUCUCUUCAUUAAAGAAGUAGGUAGGGUGUAUGAGGCUGUGUCCUGUAAGUUCUGUCUGUUUAUAGUUUGUUAGCUGAUGCAUUUGUUUUAUAAGUUGAGCUUUAGGAACAAGGCUUGUAGCUACCAUACACAAGUUGGAUGUUUAUAGAGCCACUGGCAGUUGCUUUUUCUUUUAGCAGCCAACUCCUCUUUCCCCUCUCCUCUGCUUUUGUUUUAGUUCUUCUUAACGUACCUUGAUGUUCAAAGUGGUAAAAACUACUCAAUGCUUUUUCUACCAGGAAGAUAGCUUCUGUCACAUAAAAGAGCACUUUGUAAGACAAAUCGAAGUUGGCUAGUGAUGAACGUAACUGUUUAAGGUAAUUAUAAUUGUGAACAUACAUUUCAGAUCCCCUUAGUAUGAACAGUGAGCCAAAAUUUGGGGUUAGUUCUUCCAACUUUUGUUUGGAGAACCUCUGUCUUGAUUAAUAUCUUAUUAACUGUUAUGUGUCAUUGACUCUGUUGUGGGGGGAGCAAGUUUGUUAUUUUUAAGUUUUUGCUUUUUUUGCUGUUGUUGCUUUAAAGGCUUAAAAUGUUGCACAUUGUUUUUGUUUAUACCUAUGCAGAUAAAUCCUUUAGGAAUAGCGCUUGUGCAGUACAUGUACACUUUAUAUAUGCAUGUUGGGUUUCAUUUGUGUAAGCUUUUGUUACUUUGAACCAUUCGGAUUCGUUGCUUACCAUGGGCCAGUUUUCUGUGAUGCUCUUUACUGCAGAUUUUUCUUCUUUUCAGAGGGUUUUGCUAGUUGUGCGUAGAGUUAUGAGCUGUUUGGCUGUGUAUUUUUGAGUAGCUUUAAAAUUUUAUAUAGUUCUUAAGCAAAAGGAUAUGAACACAGUUCCAAAACACUAUUUUAUAGUUGUUGUUUUUUUUUUUUUUU